AUGCCUAUAGUUGGCUCAAAUUUCGUGUCAGUUCUUUACUCCAUGAACUCCAAGCUAGCUGGGAUGAAUCUGAACCAUUCACAUCCCGCAAAUUUAGCUGAUUUAGCAAGUAUUCAGUGCACUCAGCCCUCGACAGUCAGAAAAUAUGGUUUUCUGCCUUUGAUUACUGCAAAAUUUGCUCCUGCAACUUUGCUGACCAGAAAAAGUAGACGGCAUUCGAUUUUCAGAAUGUCGUUAUGUUCAGCGUAUUUUUCGAUGGUGUCCGCAGUUGUGCUCCUUACAUUCCUUGCCUUCUUUGAUGCUUCAGCGAGAGCACACGUUCAUCACUCCACAUUUGUUAUUGAAUCGACACCUAUUACUAGGCUAUGCCAAACGUAUAGCAGAGUCACAGUGAAUGGAGAGUUCCCUGGUCCAACUCUGUAUGUACAUAAUGGCGACAGUGUUAGAGUUAAAACAAUCAACAAAUCCAAGCAUGGAGUGAGACAGAUUCGCACAGCAUGGGCUGAUGGAGCAGGGUAUAUAACUCAAUGCCCGAUUCAAGCAGGAGGAAAAUAUACGUACAAAUUCAGGAUUAUUGCACAGGAGGGAACCUUGUGGUGGCAUGCCCAUGUCUCUUGGCUGCGUGCAACAGUUCACGGAGCAAUAGUUAUCUAUCCAAAGAAAGGAAGCUCUUAUCCGUUUCCUCAACCCUAUUCAGAGUUUCCCAUCGUGCUAGGAGAAUGGUGGAACAAAGAUCUUGAAGUAGUCAAAAGGCUCUCAAUUCAAAUAGGAGGUGCACCUAAUAUAUCCGAUGCCUUUCUCAUCAAUGGUCAGCCGAGAGAUCUCUAUGCUUGCUCCAAAUCAGGAACAACUAAAAUCCCCGUACACCGAGGAAAAACAUACCUUCUACGUAUUGUCAAUGCUACAGUCAAUAAUCACCUCUUUUUCAAGAUUGCAUCACACAAUCUCACAGUGGUAGCAGUAGAUGCUUACUACACAAAACCAUACACAAAAGACAUAAUGCUUAUAACCCCUGGCCAAACUACAAGUGUUCUUCUCACAGCCAAUCAAGCAAUAGCCAAAUAUUACAUUGCUGCCAAUGUAUACACUACCCAAUCUAUUGGAUUCUUUGAUAACCACAACAACUACCAUUCUUAGCUACGUGGGUUCCCAGUCUUCUGCCACCCCACCUCUUCCACAGUUUCCAACAUACAAUGACACUGCAACUGUCACUAAAUUUAAUAAAGGAUUAUGAAGCCUAGCUUCACUAGAUCACCCAAUAGAAGUUCCCCAGAGCAUUGAUGAGAAACUCCUAAUAACCGUAGGACUUGGUUUAUUUCCCUAUCGAACUAAUGUGACCACCAACUGUCAAGGCCCUAAUAAUACCAGAAUAACUGCUAGUAUGAAAAAUGUAUCUUUUGUCCUGCCACAUAUAGCCAUACUUCAAGCUUAUUAUUGUGGUAUUAAUGGUGUCUUUACCAUUGAUUUUCCUUCAAACCCACCAAUUGUGUUUAAUUAUACAAGUGACAAUAUACCCAGAAGUCUUUGGUCACCAAUCACUGGAACAAAAGUUAAAGUGCUAAAUUAUAAUGCUACAAUUCUGGUGGUGUUCCAAGCAACGAAUAUCUUCUAGCCUGAUGACCAUCCAAUGCAUAUUCAUGGUUUUGAUUUUUAUGUUGUGGGAGAGGGCUUUGGUAACUACAAUGCUCGAACAGAUCCUCUCACAUUCAAUUUGAUUGAUCCACCAGAACGGAAUACUAUGGGAGCUCCUGUUAGUGGGUGGACUACUAUCAGAUUCAAAGUUGAUAAUCCAGGUGACAAAACAUAUAGCUUUCAAUUAUUCUCUCAAAAUUUAAUGAUGCAUAUCUUCAAAUUAAAAGCUGAAGAAUAUGUGAAAAAACCAUGUUUUUUUUGUGGGUGUUUGGUUUGUGCACUGUCAUUUUGAUGAUCAUCUAACUUGGGGAUUGAAUAUGGCGUUCGUGGUGAAGAAUGGCCAUGGUCAUUUGGCAAGAUUGGAGCAGCCUCCUUCUGAAUUGCCAAGAUGCUAGCUCUACAAACCAUGUCAUCUCAAUCAGACAGUAGUCGUUAAUUUAAUCACCACGACGCAAUAUUAUUGUAAUGACUAUUAUUUAACUAGUUAUUAAUAAUUGUAUUGGAUAACAAAUUGCA